UUCAGCAGCAGACACCAUGUGUCGAUUAGUAUAAAAUGCUCCUUCUCUGUGCUUUUCUAAUUUAUAUUUGGAGUUCAGGUUCGUGUUUAAUAUGAAAACAAGGAGUCAUUGUAAAUGUGCUGGUCGAGAGAAGUCAAACACGGUCGUUACUACGUCAUCAUUAAACGCCAGCCGGUGAACCACGUGGUUCAUGAAAAGUCAAGAACGAUCAGCACGGAAGACCUUUGGAGUAGGAAUUAGUAGCAAGAAAAUAGCCUUGUGGAUUUAUUAUUUUUACAUUCUCUCAGUUUUUGUACUCUGUGGUUUAUAGUGAAUUAAUUGAUGUGUAAUGUUGAAUUAUUUGAAUAUAUGCUGUAAGUUCAUAGAGUAGUUAUAAGGCGUGAGCACACUGUCUAGCUAGCUUCCCAGCUAGCUGUUGGCUAAUUUUGGAUGAUGAAUAGUGUUGGGGAGGGAUGUACGGACCUCAAGCGGGAAUACGAUCAGUGCUUUAACCGCUGGUUCGCAGAGAAAUUCCUGAAGGGAGACCGGAGUGGAGACCCUUGCACUGAGAUGUUCAAAAAAUAUCAACAGUGUGUUCAGAAGGCCAUCAAGGACAAAGACAUCCCCAUCGAUGGUGUGGAAUUCAUGGGACCCAACAAGGAAAAACCAGAGAGCUGAUGGAUGCCUGCAGUCAAGUAGCAUCUGCCUCAUCUGCUUCCAUCAAUGCAGGCUGUGAGGAGUUGUCACGAGGGCAUACUGCUCUUACUAUGGAAGGAAGAUUGUAAUUAUUAUUGGGGCAGUCCCACCAGUUUGAUGAUAUUUUUAACCAUUUUAAAAUCACAAAAAGAAACCCUUGACUGGAUUGACUGGACUGGUUGCACUUUCUUUCAGUGUAUAAGAAGCUAGCUAAUCUGAAAAUAAGAAUGCAUUCAGGAAAACUUUAAGAUCUGACACCCUGAACAAAAACACUGGAAGAUGCAGGGAAUCAUACGUGCCUGCUCUUGCUUAGGGCCUGUCUUGUUCAGACACCUUUAGGUUAGUAUGCCUCUGCAAGUGUCGGUGUUCGGAUAUCUUAUGCGGAUGGUACAGUGAAAUAACAUUUAACCCACAUGCUUCUAUACUUCUUGUUUAAGUUUGUGUUUUAAAAUGGAGGUUGGUUUAUUUUCUUGUUUUACUGCAUUUUGUGUUCUUUGUGUUCUUUUUCUAUUUGUUUUUUUCCUCAUUCAGUCAUGUUAACACUGGAUUAUGUAUUGUUCUUAUUUUGAACUGGUGUGGAUAUACACAUGCUUAACAAAGAAGAGCUGCAGCCAUUUUUUGGUGUUGUUUUUUUCAUGCAGUACUUCAAGUG